AUUGAGCAUAAUUGUUGUCCUGUAGGAGUCUUGUAUACUUUUGUGACAUUAAUACAACAUAACAACAUAAUUUUUUGUUGUGUUUGUUUUGCCCUUUUGAAGCUUAACCUUGGAGAUGAUAUCGUGAAAGUUGUAAUCGAUUGGAGCAAGCUUCAAAGCACAUCAGCACUUCAGCCAACGUUGCUCUUCAGUGCACUUCAGCAGCAUAUUUUAUGUUUGCAGCCUCUUCUAGAAAAACUCCAGUCAUUGAUUAAAGAGGAAAAUAUAGGCUAUGUUGCACCUGCAGGUAAAACAGGCAGCCAAACUUGUGAAACAAAUUUAAGUGUUUAUGAUGGUAACUGUCAGACUGAAGAAGAGUAUGCAAGUUAUGAUUUGGGAGAUCUGAAGGAAGCUCAUAUUAAUUUUGAUCCAGAGGUGGUCCAAAUAAAAGCUGGAAAAGCAGAAAUUGACAGGCGGAUAUCAGCCUUCAUCGAGAGGAAACAAGCUGAGAUCAAUGAAAAUAAUGUCAGGGAAUUUUGCAAUGUUAUUGAUUGUAAUCAAGAAAAUAGCUGUGCCAGAACAGAUGCAAUUUUCACACCCUAUCCUGGAUUUAAAAGCCAUAUAAAGGUUUCUAGGGUAGUAAAUACGUAUGGUCCUCAGACUAGAUCUGAAGGAGCACAUGGGUCCAGUCACAAAAUCAAUGUACCCAUUCAUGAUUGUGGAAACCAAGCUGUUGAGGAGAGAUUGCAAAACAUUGAAGCACACUUACGGUUACAGACAGGUGGUCCUGUACCAAGAGACAUUUAUCAGAGAAUUAAGAAGCUUGAAGAUAAAAUCCUUGAGCUGGAAGGACUGUCUCCUGAAUAUUUUCAAUCUGUGAGUUGUUCUGGCAAAAGGAGAAAGAUUCAGCCUCCCCAUCAGAACUAUUCAUUGGCUGAACUUGAUGAAAAGAUCAAUGCCAUAAAACAGGCAUUACUGAGGAAGACAAAAGAAAGCAAGUCUAAGGAGGCUGAGCGGCUUCUUCGAUAAAGAAAAAAGUAUCUUCAGAAUCCUUAUCAUGCUUUGCACAUACCUAAACCAUAGACCUGAAUAGCGUUGAUCGAGGAUGACUUUAGGAAUGAAAGCAAAGCAUGCUUAGAAGCUCCUUUUGGAUGAUCUCGAAAGCUUUGUUUCAGAAGAGCUCAUUUUAAAACUGUCUUAUUAAUUAAAUAGUUACUGUAAAAUAAAGAAUGUUUUAGGAAUAGCAUUCUAAUAAUCCAUUCCCUUCUGUUAUAAAGGAGGAUUGCAGCAUUGUUCAUAUGUGGAAAGUCGUAAUCCACAUACAGAAGCUACAUUUCACAUGUAAUUCUUGAUGAGUGAGUAUUCAAAAGGGCUCUUUUGAAUACUUUUCAUCUAAGUAGUUUGCAUAGACUUGUGAAAUAA